AGCAGCACCAAGGAGUGGAGCAAGGUGCCCGAGCCCUUCUUCCAGCCGGGGGACCCCCAGCCCCACCCGCCCACGAGGGACUUCCGCGCCGCGCUGCCGCGGGACAACUCCACCGUGGUCGUCCUCAUCGCCGCGCUGCGGGAGACCCGCGUGGUGAGGACGCUGCGUUCGCUCUUCGAGUCCGCGCGCCUGCCGGACCGGGUGUACGCCGGCGUGGUGCAGCAGAACGCGGCGGGGGACCCGGACGUGCUGGAGGAGCUGUGCAGGCAGCUCGGGACCCCGCUGAAGCUGAGGAAGCGGUUCGCGGGGCGCGAGCGGCUGCACGUGCGGCAGGACGACGACGACGAGUGGGGCCAGGGGCGGUUCACGGAGGAGUCCCUCGGCGGCUGCAGGCCCGCGCGGAACGUGCGCGUCCACCGCAUGGACGUGAGCGAGGCGAAGGGGCCCGCGUUUGCGCGCUCGCGCCAGCCGCUGCUGAUCAGCGACGGCGAGGGGCUGGAGGAUUUUUGCAUGCAGAUCGAUGCCCACACGCUCUUCAGCCCGGGCUGGGACGACCACAUGAUACACCACUGGGCGCUGGCAGACAACGAGUACGCGGUGCUGUCCACCUACCCCACCUCCGCCGACCUGAUGCAGCAGGACGGCACGCUGCCCAACGUCAACGACCACUGGGAGAUGCCGUUCCUGUGCGACGCGGCCCUCCAGCAGCCUGGCGUCGUGCGCAACCACCAGGCCGGGGCCGCCGCGAACCUGGACCGGCCGCUACUGGGGAAGUUCUGGGCCGCCGGCCUCAGCUUCAGCAGGUGUCACGCCGAGCGGGACGUGCCGAACGACCCCGGGCUGGAGCACGUCUUCGACGGCGAGGAGUUCGGCAGGGCCGUGCGGCUGUACACUAACGGGUACGACCUGUACACGAUGAUGAGGCCCGUCGUGGGGACCUUCUACGGCGGGGCCAUCAAGGCGAAGGGCGGCUGGACGCGCAGGGGCGAUGCUGGCAAGAGAGCCCGGGACAGGCUGGCCACGCUGUGCCGCUAUAGCGCCGGGAACCUGUCCGCGGAGGCCCUGGCCGAGCUGAAGGGCUUCGACCUGGGGUCCAGGCGAAAGCUUGAGGACUACAUCGCCCUCACGGGCAUCGACACUGUCAAUCACAAGGCCAAGAACACGCCGUGCUUGGUGAGCAGGUGGACGCCUUGGCGGUCCGGCGCGGACGUGGACCCGCCCUACGCCGAGAUCCUGCGCGGCUCGCCGCGGCGCCUCGGGGUGGACAUCGCCGCGCAGCUCGGAGAGCUGCAGGACAGCGCAGUGGACCUCGUUACGAGCGCGGUGGCCGCGUCGCUGCUGAUCGCGGGGCUAGUGGUCACCAGGGCUGAACCAGAGGAGCGAGAGGUACUCUGA